GGUAAGGUGGCCAUGUGUAUGGACAAUGUAACCAACACAAAGAAGGCCGUUAAAAUAUCCAAGGAUGGACCCCUUUUCUUUGAGCGAGCUAUGGAAGAGGUAGGUUACAAACUCUUAUUAUAAAAUCUGAAGCUGCAUUAUGAGAUAUUUUGAAAUGAGAAACCUACAACCUCGUAUUGAAGGGGACAAACAAAUGGCAAUAAUCACAUUUUGUAUUUCUUCCACAGAUUAAAAUUCUCCAGAAGCUGCAGACUCUCGAUUCCGAUAAAUGCAGUCUGGUGAAAUGGUAUGGCUCGUUCUACCAUGAAAAGUUAAUUUGUUUGGAGUUUGAGCUCCUGGACCUGAGUCUCUAUGAGUACAUGCUGCAGAGAAAACACAACGCUCUGCCCAUAGCUGAGAUCCAUCCAGUUUUACGUCAACUGACAACAGCACUGCUCCACCUUGAGGCCCUGGAAAUAAUCCACGCUGAUAUAAAGCCUGAGAAUAUUAUGGUGGUGAACCGCUUGCAGCAUCCGCUUCAGGUCAAACUCAUUGACUUCGGCCUGGCUCGCCACGUGUCCGAGGCCGUUCCAGGGACCGCUGUUCAGAGUCUGUGGUACAGGGCACCAGAGGUCCUCCUGGGCAUGGACUUCAGUGAACAGAUUGACAUGUGGUCUCUCGGUGCUGUGAUUGCGGAAAUAGCAGCAGGCUUUGGACUGUUCCCCGCGGACCCACGAAUAUGACAACACUGAAAAAAAUUGUGAACUGGUGGGUCA